AUCCACAAUGGCAAGCAGAAUAUACCCCACUUCACCAAGUUCCUAAUGACGCAUUCGCUUCUGUCUCUAAUCCAAUCACAAUGAAAGAAUUCACUGCUAUGAUACUAAAUACCAAUACUUACAAAGCACCAG